GGGAAGGAAGCCCUGACCCACUUCCCGUCGCUGGGGCCGUCGCCAGGCUCUGCCCAGGGCAGGGUGCACGUCAAGCAGUGUGACCUGCUCCAGCUGUCCCGCAAGCAGAAGCGGCUGUGCCGGCGGGAGCCGGGCCUGGCCGAGACCCUGCGGGAUUCCAUCCGCCUGGGGAUCAUGGAGUGCCAGUUCCAGUUCCGCAGCGAGCGCUGGAACUGCAGCCUGGAGGGGAGGACCAGCCUGCUCAAGAGAGGUUUCAAGGAGACGGCCUUCCUGUACGCCGUGUCCUCGGCGGCCCUGACGCACUCGCUGGCGCGGGCCUGCAGCGCCGGGCGCAUGGAGCGCUGCACCUGCGACGACUCCCCGGGGCUGGAGAACCGCAAGGCCUGGCAGUGGGGGGUCUGCGGGGACAACCUCAAGUACAGCACCAAGUUCCUCAAGAAGUUCCUGGGGCAGAAGAGGAUCGGCAAAGACCUGCGGGCCAAGGUGGACAUCCACAACACCAACGUGGGCAUCAAGGCAGUGAAGAAUGGCCUGAAGACCACGUGCAAGUGCCACGGCGUGUCGGGCUCCUGCGCCGUGCGGACGUGCUGGAAGCAGCUCUCGCCCUUCCACGAGAUCGGGCGGCUGCUGAAGCUUCGCUACGACGACGCCGUCAAGGUGUUCAGCACCACCAACGACGCCGUGGGGCACUCGGAGCUGGCAGGGCCCCCCCGGCACGGCCACUCCCCCCGGCUGCCCCCGGCCCCCCGCGCCACCGACCUCGUGUACGUGGAGGACUCGCCCAGUUUCUGCCGCCCCAGCAAAUACUCGCUGGGCACCGCGGGGAGGACCUGCUCCAGGGAGGGCAACUGCGACAGCAUGUGCUGCGGGAGAGGCUACAACACCCAGAGCAGGCUGGUCACCUUCUCCUGCCACUGCCAGGUGCAGUGGUGCUGCUACGUGGAGUGCCAGCAGUGCAUGCAGGAGGAGGUGGUGUACAGCUGCAAACAGUAG